UCAAUACUGACUGUGAGUUCUCCUCCAGGUGCCCAGAUUAUCGAUUUAAUGAUGCUUGUGAUAGAUGUGACAAAAGGGAUGCAGACACAGUCAGCAGAGUGCUUGGUAAUUGGGCAGAUUGCCUGCCAGAAGAUGGUGGUAGUUCUGAACAAAAUAGAUCUCCUUCCAGAGGGGAAGAGACAGAGUGCCAUUGAGAAGAUGACUAAGAAAAUGCAGAAGACCUUGGAAAAUACCAAAUUCUCUGGGUGUCCCAUUGUUGCUGUCGCAGCAAAGCCUGGUGGACCGGAAGCCCCGGAGUCUGAGAAUCCACUGGGUGUUUCUGAAUUAAUUGAGGUCUUGAAGUCUCAGGCUUACCUGCCAUCAAGAGACCCCUCAGGACACUUCCUUAUGGCAGUUGACCACUGUUUCUCUAUCAAGGGUCAAGGCACAGUGAUGACAGGGACUAUUCUUUCUGGCUCUGUUAGCCUUGGUGACAAUGUGGAGAUUCCUGCCCUGAAGGUGACAAAGAGGGUCAAGUCCAUGCAGAUGUUCCAUACUCCUGUGACUUAUGCAAUGCAGGGUGACAGAGUAGGUGUCUGCGUGACCCAGUUUGAUCCCAAACUGCUGGAACGAGGCCUGAUUUGCACCCCAGAUUCACUUCACACCAUCCACGCUGCCAUAAUUUCCUUGAAGAAAAUUCAGUAUUUUCGAGGAGCUCUUCAGACUAAAGCCAAGUUCCACAUCACAGUUGGUCAUGAAACAGUUAUGGGAAGAGUGAUGUUUUUCAGUCCAGCCCCUGCUAACUUCCAUGAAGAAAUUCAAGAAAAUGUUUUUGAUUUUGAAAAGGAUUAUCUUUAUCAGGAGGAAUAUUUGUCCAAGGACUCAGUUUCUUCAGAGGAGAACAAAGAAAAUGACCACUCAGGAGAAGUCCAGCUCCCAAAACAACAGUGGGCUUUGCUGGAGUUUGAAAAACCGGUCACUUGUCCUAAACUGUGCCUUGUGAUCGGCUCUAAGCUGGAUACAGAUAUUCAUGCCAAUACCUGCAGGCUGGCAUUCCAUGGGGUACUGCUCCAAGGCAUGGAAGACAAAAACUACACAGAGACUUUCCUUCCAAAGCUGAAAGUGUACAAACAGAAGCACAAAGAAGGACAAGUGGAAAGGGUGAUGGAUGAUUACAGUGUGAUUGGUCGUUCAUUGUUUAAAAAGGAAACAAACAUCCAAAUUUUUGUGGGUCUGAAAGUGAAACUGUCUACAGGAGAAGAUGGAAUAAUAGAUGGUGGUUUUGGACAAAGUGGUAAAUUUAAAAUCCGCAUUCCAGAUGGGCUGAAGCCAGAUACCAAGACACUGCUAACUGCUGCCUCCAAGAAGAAAUCUAAGGGAGGGAAGGGGGAUGUGACCAAAGAGGAUGAAAGCAGCAAGAAUGAUUCAGCCCAACCUGUUACUAUCUCUCUUAUCUUUAAAAGAUAUGUUUUUGACACACAGAAGAAAAUGAUUCAAUCCUGAGGAAGCAAGAGAGGCCUCUGAUUACACCUCAGAGUCCAGACCCUGAAAUGCAUUGAGUUGGAAUGUGUUUCCUGUCCAAACACAUUAGACCUGUUACUUCCUCACAAACAGAACCUGGAAGCUUGUGCUGACUGUGCCCCCUUCCAAAAUCUCUGCAAUCUCAUAUUGUUCUGUUCAAAUUUGCUUAUUUUGUCAUCUCUGUGAUGUGCAUCUUUAUGGCAUCUCAGAAUUUCACCUGCCAGAUGAACACACUUGGGUGUACAUUCUAAUUGCACUGUUUUCCUGGGUAAUUGUGUUUAAGUUUCUCUUGAUUUAGAAGGUUGCCACCAAUAUUAAUCUAAAUCAAGUCAAUAUGUGAAUUUCAUAUGACCCACAAAGUGAAGCUGAUUAUUCUAGGCUUACUUCCUUGAGCAAAGUGGGAGACAGAAAGCACGCUAUUUAAUAGGUGAAACCUAAAAUGGAUGUUUCACAUUCCUUCAGUUGGAACUUUGUAAGAUGCUAUCUGAGAGAUGGUAUGGAUGUUUUUUAUAAAUAUGAUUUGUAUCUAGAAAUGUUUUUCACAUUAAACAUAAUGAUCUGUGCAGCUGA